AACAAAGGACCUGAAAGUUUUUUUUUCACGAAUUUGAUGCUUUAUUAAAGUCAGAUUCAAAUUCGUAUUUAACGCGUAUAUAUGAAAAAAAAACAUCUGUCAUCAGCUGUCAUCUCAUAACAAAGAGGGAGAAGGAAAAGAAUCGUCCAGCUCCGUUUUUUCUUUCCAAAGAGGUAUUCUUGUCCGUUAAAGUGGCGACACUGUCGCGAAUGACAGCACUGCGAAGAACGGCGUCUUGCAUCUGGCUUGGAACAGACUAAACAGACUGUGACGCAUCAACAGUUAUCAACAAACAUUAUCGCGCGUUUUCUUCUACGUACGUGCUUAUCUCGUCUCCACAAAACUUCAUCCUCGAGUACAUUUGACGACGCGUCACUUGAACGCAACGACUGCAAAAAUACCGCGCAGAAAAAAAAGCUGUCCUUUCUCUGUGAGUAAAUUUGCACGAAGGACGCAACGCCAUGUGUUCCGCUGAGCCUGACAUUAUUGACAAUGUCAAUAAUGGCGUGGAAAACGACGGCGACGUCGGCGACGCUUUCGGAACAUUAAUCAGCAGGAAUACUAUAUCUUCUGGUGCAGCAUCACUAUUAACAUCACCAACUGAACGUUAUGCUACACAUUAUAAGAUGAAUCAUUCUAAACGUGGUAUUGCUUUAAUCUUUAAUCAUGAAUUUUUCAAUAUCUCACAUCUCAAAGCUCGCUCUGGUACAAAUGUAGACUGCGAUAACCUUAUUAAUACAUUAAAAAAUCUUGGAUUUGAAGUACAUGAUCUCCAUAACUCUACUCAUGGAGACAUAGUGAAACAGUUACAAAAGGUUGCAGACAUGGAUCAUUCUGAACAUGAUUGCUUGGUAAUAGCCGUCUUAAGCCACGGCGAACUUGGUUUGCUCUAUGCUCAAGAUACUGCAUAUAAAGCAGAUUCUCUCUGGUACAACUUCACUGCCGAUAAAUGCCCGACUCUCGCCGGAAAACCUAAACUAUUCUUCAUUCAAGCAUGCCAGGGUGACAAAUUAGAUCCAGGCAUUACUCUUAAGGAACGAACAGAAACAGAUGGAUUACCAACUGCAACAUAUCGUAUUCCUUCUCAAGCUGACUUUCUGAUUGCUUAUUCAACAAUACCAGGUUACUAUUCCUGGAGAAACACUAGCCGCGGAUCAUGGUUCAUGCAAGCCUUGUGCUUGGAAUUACGUGAAAAUGGUACUCGUUAUGAUUUAUUAACUUUGUUGACAUUUGUAUGUCAACGUGUUGCCAUAGAUUUUGAAUCAAACACGCCUGAUAAUAUAACCAUGCAUCAGCAAAAACAAAUUCCGUGUAUCACUUCUAUGCUGACACGCUUGGUAAAAUUUACAUCUCCAAUGAAUGGAGUUGUAUAGUCAGUUAAAGGGGUAUAAAAAAUUUAUGUGCUUGUAUAUGUACUUUAUAUUUGUGCCAGUGAUAAAUUUUUUAUACAAAUUUUUUUUAAUUACAUUUUUGUAUUACUUUGUGUUUUUUUAGUUGUAUUAUGUUCCUUCUUUUUUUAACAGAUAAAUACAAUACUGCCACAUCCAUGAUAAAA